UCCGUCAGCUUCCUACCGGAAGUGCUGAAGGGAAUGUUUGGCGGUUUCUCUGGAUCUGUGCUGGAGGGAUUUGGGGGUGCGGAUUGCGGGUGUGCACGCGUGGAUUUAAGUCCAGCUUUGCAUGGACCUGUAGCGCGAACGGAGACGUGUUGCUAGUGUGUAUCCCGUGCUUCCCCGGUUGGAAGAUCUGUUUGCAGUUCUGUCGUCUUGAACCUAAUUAGAAGCAUCAUGGAGGCACCUCCAGUCACCAUGAUGCCAGUCACUGGGGGCACCAUUAACAUGAUGGAGUAUCUCCUGCAGGGGAGUGUUUUAGACCACAGUUUGGAAAGUCUGAUCCAUCGCCUCCGUGGUUUGUGUGACAACAUGGAGCCUGAGACUUUCCUCGAUCACGAGAUGGUCUUCCUGCUUAAGGGCCAGCAGGCCAGCCCGUUCGUCCUAAGGGCCCGGCGCUCCAUGGACAGGGCAGGGGCGCCCUGGCAUCUGCGUUACCUGGGACAGCCCGAAAUGGGAGACAAGAACCGCCAUGCCCUGGUGCGCAACUGCGUGGACAUCGCCACGUCUGAGAACCUCACGGACUUCCUGAUGGAAAUGGGCUUCCGCAUGGACCAUGAGUUCGUCGCCAAAGGACACCUGUUCCGGAAGGGCAUCAUGAAGAUUGUGGUGUACAAGAUUUUCCGAAUCCUGGUCCCGGGGAACACAGACAGCACUGAGGCCCUGUCGCUCUCUUAUCUUGUGGAAUUAAGUGUUGUCGCACCAGCUGGGCAGGACAUGGUCUCUGAUGACAUGAGGAACUUUGCAGAGCAGCUCAAACCUCUGGUUCACCUAGAAAAAAUAGACCCUAAAAGGCUGAUGUGAGGAAGAAAGUCUGUGGGCCUUUGAGACCUGUCCUCACCUGGGAGGUGAGAGAUCCCACAAGUACCCUAGGUACUGAUGCCAGCCAGGCCACUUCCUUCUGGAAGAUGGAUGGUGAGAAUUUGGUUCCUUUGAACUGUUUCCUUCACCUGGUAAUUCCUUCCUUCCUUCCUUCCUUCCUUCCUUCCUUUCCUUCCUUCCUUUCUUUCUUCCCUUUCUUUGUUGUCUGUCUGUCUUCCUUCCUUUCUUUUUUCAACAGGGUUUUACCAUGUAGCCCUGGCUCCCCUGGAACUCACUACAUAAACUAGCUAGCCUGGAGCUCAGAGGUCCCUGUACUGUCCGCCUAGGUGCCUGUGUUAAGGGUCCUUAUUGAACCCGACUGUUCAUCUUCUUGACAGUCUUUUCCAAUGAAAGACCCAGUAUAAUAUGGAGAAUUGUUCAAGUCCUCCCUCCACCCAAAAAGAGGGAACUGGAAUACAUUAGCUUUUUAGAGGGAAAAGUCAAAAAACAACUGAUAAUUGUUUUUCUUUUGUUUUUUAAGAAAAGCAUUUUCUCAUUCCUUUAUUUAUUUGUUGUUUUCUUCAUAUUUUUAAUUGUGUUGUUUUGCCAUUACUAUACAAGGUUCAUAAUGGUGGUGGGAGCUGGCAUCGUGGGGCAAUAAAGACUGAAAAGACACA